AUGGAUCUUCGAAAUAUAGUCUCGCAGCCGGGGGAGGAGAUUGCAUGGGCAACCUUUCGCACCGUACAGGAACGUUCAAACGUGCCAACCAAGCAUAAUCCUGAGCCUCUUGUCCGAUUGACAGCCACAAGUCGGUACUCGGACGAAGAGACCUCUUUCGACGCUACCAAAGUGACUAUUGCGGGCAUUGUGCGGUUAGCUAAAUACUGCCGCUCCUCAGAAUGGGCCAGCAUUUCAAGGUUUGGGGGUGUGCAGAAAGCCGCCUUCGUGUGGCUCAACCAGGCAGACCUGGACCAGGAUGGUUAUUGGCCGCACUAUUAUAACAUACUUUCUCGUAAAGACACACAUCUAGCAAAGCAAUUCCUCCUAGACAUUACGUUAUUGAAAUGGCAGGACGAUGUUGAUGGUCUCGUCUCCCGGGCCUACUCGCAAAAACGAGUGGAUGAGCUUUCCAUGCCAGCAGAUCUUACCCCGACUCCCACUCGGAUGGCUGCAGAUGCAGGAGAGAGGGAAGCCCCACAGAACCCCCAUGGACACUGGCCGCACAAUUGUGACUGCUCAGCUGAUAAGCAGGUCGUCACGCAGAUGCGGUCCGACCUUGAGAGAGAGAUCCCGGAUGCGAGGGCGGAAAUCUCAGAAAUGAGUGGCCUGACACUUGCCAUGCUGAGACAGACAGGACUUGAGGUGGUAGGGGUGGACCGGCGAAGUUUGUUCGAGGUGUAUACCGAAUUGUGGCGCGCGUGGGAGCAGAGCGCAACCUUCCAGGCCGAAGUCAAAAGCAAGCGGCGCUUAUCAGUUUGCAUAUCUGCGGAGCUGGACUUGUCCAAUAUUGGUGACAUCGACUUCAGGAUCAAGGUGGACCGCUCUCGCGGGCUGGAAGUCGCGAGCAAGUUCAGGGUUCCAAUACAUGCCUGCAUCAAGUCACUUGACCCACCUCGGGAUUGGCCACCGGAGGCGGGGAGGAUCCCCAGUUACGGUGACGUGUGUGAGGGCCUGUCGGUGGAUAGCAGCCGCCUUGAAGAUAAGGCCAACAUCUACUUCUUUUUCAAGAUCAUCAAUGUGUCCGCCCCCCUGAAACUUACUGUGCUCGAGGGACAGGCUGUCACUGUGCGAGACCGCCACGAGCUCAUCUGGAUUUGGAUACCUGCGUGUGACUUGGCGGCCUCGAUAGAGGUGCCCAAGGGGAUGCAGAUUGAGGUCAUCAAUGCAACCAUUCAGAAGCAAGUUUUGUAG